GUCAAACUCAGUGACGCUCUGUUAGGCGUGAUCGGUCCCAGGAACUUUCGUCCGACAGGAAUUGAACUGCGUUCAGACUCUUCCUGAUGCUGCUAGAAAAUUCUCGAACUUUCUGCGCGGGUAUAAACUAGAAUGGGUCCCAAGCGGAGCUGACAGAACGGUAGCGUUCUUCAACAGUAAGUGUACAGUUCAGGUUAGGCUUUAAUUACGUUUAUAUACCAUUCCAUAGAUAUACUACCUGCAACCGGACCAGCGCAUUUAAAGAGAUUCUACCUUGUGCGAAUUUGAUUGGCAGUCAGCACAGGCUCAAGCAAGGGAACUUUAAACUAUUUCUCGCAGCUAUUCGGAAUUAACACACCGACAGCUACAUGGUCAAAAUGGGUAAAGACUACUAUAAUGUUCUGGGCAUACAGAAAGGGGCGACGGAGGACGAGAUCAAGAAGGCUUAUCGCAAGCAGGCUCUGCGUUACCACCCGGAUAAAAACAAGUCUCCCAAAGCCGAGGACAAGUUUAAAGAAAUAGCUGAAGCUUAUGACGUCCUGAGCGACCCAAAGAAAAAGGACAUUUACGACCGAUUCGGCGAAGAAGGGUUGAAAGGAGGAGGCCCCCCAGGAGGAGGGGAUGUUCCCGGGGGCCCUAGUUUCAGCUACUCCUUCCAAGGCGACCCCCACGCCAUCUUCGCCGAGUUCUUCGGGGGCCGGAGCCCCUUCGACCAGUUCUUCCCCCGAAACGGUGGGGGCCCAGACGGGGACAACAUGGACACUGACGAUCCCUUCGCCCGUUUCGGGAUGGGGGGCGGUGGCAUGGGGGGGUUCCCCCGUUCCUUCAGCACAGGGAUGGGGGGAGGGGGGAUGGGGGGGCAGAUGGUUGAGAAGCACCAGGACCCACCCGUGCUCCACGACCUCAGGGUGACCUUAGAGGAGGUGCUCUCAGGCUGCACUAAGAGAAUGAAGAUAUCCCACAAGCGGCUGAACGCAGACAGACGGACCCUCCGGAUGGAGGACAAGAUCCUGGAGGUGGAGAUAAAGAAGGGAUGGAAGGAGGGGACGAAGGUCACCUUCCCUAAAGAGGGGGACGAGACGCCGACUAACAUCCCGGCAGACGUGGUGUUCGUGGUCAAGGAUAAGCCACACCCGGUGUUCCGGCGAGACGGCUCUGACAUCGUUUACCCCGCCAAGGUCUCCCUCAGAGAGGCAUUGUGCGGCUGCACGGUCAUCGUCCCCACGUUGGACGGCAGGACAGUAACCGUGACGACAGGGGACGUGGUGCGUCCGGGGAUGAAACGCCGCAUCACGGGGGAGGGCCUUCCUCUGCCCAAGCGGCCCGAUCGCCGCGGUGACCUGCUGGUGGAGUACGAGGUGGCGUUUCCGGAGAGACUGAGUCAGAGUGCCAAGGAGACCAUCGCACAGGUGCUUCCACCCUAGUCCUGAUAGCUAUAAGCUAUGAACUACUUAAGGACAAAAUGGACGGAGCAGACGAACAGUGAAAAGCAACAUGUGGCUCUCCUCCCUAUCGCCUCUGACCAAAGAACGUUUAUCGCCUCCAUUUUCUGUUCCUUUCCUGACGAGUGUUGAAUCGCCAUCGUUCGUCGACACCCAUCAGGUGACCUACUGCGCACAGCCAACUUUCGUUACGAUGUCUCUUGACCUUUAGUUGAGGAAACUGUCACUCUGGACCUCGUGAGUCCACUUCAGAACCACUAGUGAACUGAGGAAACUGUCACCCUGGACCUCGUGAGUCCACUUCAGAACCACAAGUGAACUGAGGAAACUGUCACCCUGGACCUCGUGAGUCCACUUCAGAACCACAAGUGAACUGAGGAAACUGUCACCCUGGACCUCGUGAGUCCACUUCAGAAGCAAUACAGGUGACUACAUGGACAGGGGGCACCUGAUCCCAGAUCAGCACUACUGCACUGUAGAACUAGAGACCAUCAUAAAUGUUGUUUGGCUUCCUUUAGUACGAGCCUCUUUUUAGCUCUACUUCUAUACUGGUGAAUGUUGCCAUGUACAGACUAGAGCCAUUGGCUUGUUAGCAGUGGUUUCCUGACCUCUCCUCUGGGACCCUCAGACAUUUAACCACGUUGUUGUAGCCCUGAACUGGCUCACCUGGUUCACCUAGUCAAGGGCUUGAACUGGCUCUCCUGGUUCACCUAGUCAAGGGCUUGAACUGGCUCUCCUGGUUCACCUAGUCAAGGGCUUGAACUGGCUCGCCUGGUUCACCUAGUCAAGGGCUUGAACUAGCUCGCCUGGUUCACCUAGUCAAGGGCUUGAACUGGUUCACCUGGUUCACCUAGUCAAGGGCUUGAACUGGUUCACCUAGUCAAGGGCUUGAACUGGUUCACCUGGUUCACCUAGUCAAGGGCUUGAACUGGCUCUCCUGGUUCACCUAGUCAAGGGCUUGAUAAUUAGUUGAUAUGAGAGAGAGAUAUUAGGGUGAGAAUGAAUGGAUUCUAUUGACUCCCUCUCCAAGACAUUUACUGCCAGAGAGACUGUUGGAGUAAGAGAUUCAUCAUGAUUCAUCUUGUCAAGGGCUUGAUGAUUGGUUGACUAAUGUAAUCAGGUGUUCUAGCUCUUGAGUAGAUGAAAUACAUUCGUCUGCGUGUCCCCCAGGAGAGGUCUGAAAACUCCUGUUUUGGGGGAAUAGAUUUGUAUCGCUUGGUGGCAUUUCUUGACAGAUGGCGUCUUUUCAUGCAUCUAUUCUAGUGUUUAGGUAUCAUGGGUUGUUUUCAUGUAUCUAUUCUAGUGGUUUAGGUAUCAUGGGUUGUUUUCAUGUAUCUAUUCUAGUGGUUUAGGUAUCAUGGGUUGUUUUCAUGUAUCUAUUCUAGGGGUUUAGGUAUCAUGGGUUGUUUUCAUGUAUCUAUUCUAGUGGUUUAGGUAUCAUGGGUUGUUUUCAUGUAUCUAUUCUAGGGGUUUAGGUAUCAUGGGUUGUUUUCAUGGUUUUGGAUUCUGAUCAAAUCAAUAGAAAGUAUUGCCACUGAUCACUGAUCAAUGCCCAUAGUGUAAUAAUACCAGUAGUCAUUGGUUUAGAAGAGAAACAACGCUAUUGGAAUAUAUAGAAAUAUAAUCUAUAGAACAGACCUUCCCAUUCUAGUCAAUGCAUUGAAAUGGAAGAUCCCUCACCUCAAUAUAGGGACCAUUAUUUCUCCUUCACAACAGGAACUAGUUUUAUGUUUAAAUCAUGUAGUUUAUAAUCAAGGAAUCCUUUUAAGAAAAACGUUAACCCUGGACAGAAUCUUCUAAAACUACAACCAGACUUAGUUUGCUAUACAUUUGUCAUGUGUGUAUUAUAUUUCUGAACAGUUUGCUAUACAUUUGUCAUGUGUGUAUAAUAUUUCUGAACAGUUUGCUAUACAUUUGUCAUGUGUGUAUAAUAUUUCUGAACAGUUUGCUAUACAUUUGUCAUGUGUGUAUUAUAUUUCUGAACAGUUUGCUAUACAUUUGUCAUGUGUGUAUUAUAUUUCUGAACAGUUUGCUAUACAUUUGUCAUGUGUGUAUUAUAUUUCUGAACAGUUUGCUAUACAUUUGUCAUGUGUGUAUUAUAUUUCUGAACAGUUUGCUAUACAUUUGUCAUGUGUGUAUUAUAUUUCUGAACAGUUUGCUAUACAUUUGUCAUGUGUGUAUUAUAUUUCUGAACAGUGUUCUAUACACAGAAUGUAUUUUCUACGUGAAUACCUUUCCUAGGUAAAUAAAGUAUGUUUUGUUCCAGAUAAA